AUGAGUGUUGCCCACAAGCUGCAGCAACGACUCCUUCAGAUGAUGAGUACAGUGACUGGUGUUGGUGUACCUGUAGAGCAAGAACCUGUACCUGUAGAGCAAGAACCUGUACCUGUAGAGCAAGAACCUGUACCUGUAGAGCAAGAACCUGUACCUGUAGAGCAAGAACCUGAACCUGUAGAGCAAGAACCUGUACCUGUAGAGCAAGAACCUGUACCUGUAGAGCAAGAACCUGAACCUGUAGAGCAAGAACCUGAACCUGUAGAGCAAGAACCUGUACCUGUAGAGCAAGAACCUGAACCUGUAGAGCAAGAACCUGAACCUGUAGAGCAAGAACCUGUACCUGUAGAGAUGAGUAAGCUUCACAAGACAGAUGAACUAGUUGGUGAUGUUGGGAGCUCCGGCGCCAACCCCGGCGCCAACCCCGGCGCCAACCCCGGCGCCAACCCCGGCGCCAACCCCGGCGCCAACCCCGGCGCCAACCCCGGCGCCAGUUACUGCAUGAUGUGUUGA